AUGUCAUAUGAAAGAAUUGAAAAUAUUGAUAAUCCAUUUAAUGAUGGGAAUAAUACUGAUAAUGCAUCAACACUUUUCGUGGUAGCAGAAGAUGAUAAUGCUACUACUACCACACCUAAAAACAACAAUGACAACCUUGGUUUCCAAGAAACAUCUAGUCAAGAUGUUACUACUGUUACUUCAUCUUCACUGUCACUGUCAAAUAGCAACAAUAAUCAUUUUGGUAUACCAAGUAACAAUAAUGAAAUUUCUCAAAAACCAACAACCAAUCAUAGUGAAUUUAAAGAUACCCAGACUGAUGAUGAAGAGGACGAUAUGUUUGAACCAAUUCAAUUCAAAAAUAGUGAUGACGAAGAUGAGGACGGCUCAUCUUCAGAUAUAAAUUCAUUUACGGACAAUUUUGGAAAUAGUUAUCAUAAUAUUGAUUUUGAUAAUAAACGAUACACUUGUAAAUUAAAUUUUAAAGGUAAACGAUUAGUUUAUUUUACUUCAGGAUUUGUUAGUUUAUUUGUUAGUUUAUUUGGUUAUUCUCAAGGAGUUGUUUCUUCACUUUUAGCAUUUGAUACAUUUAAUGGAUAUUUCCAUCAACCUAGUGCUGCUAUUAUUGGUAUUGUAAUAUCAAUUCAAGAAAUUGGUGCUAUGAUAAGUUCAAUUAUGGUAGCCAAAUUGUCGGAUAAAUUUGGAAGGAAAAGAACUUUAUUAUUAGGAACAUUUAUAUUUAUGAUUGGUGGUUCUUUACAAGCUUUUUGUCCUAAUAUAUUUAUUUUAGCCAUUGGUAGAGUUUUUUCUGGGAUGGGAGUUGGAAUAUUAUCUACCAUUGUUCCAUCUUAUCAAUGUGAAAUUAGUCCUAGUGAAGAAAGAGGUAAAUUAGUUUGUGGAGAAUUUACUGGUAAUAUAACUGGUUAUGCAUUAAGUGUAUGGGUAGGAUAUUUCUCAUAUUUUAUUCAAAAUAUUGGUGAUGCUCGUGAGAAACCUUAUUCAUUUAUAGCAAAUUUAAGUUGGAGAUUACCUUUAUUUAUUCAAGUUGCUAUUGCAUUUAUAUUAUUUCUUGGUGGAUUUUUCAUUGUUGAAUCACCUCGUUGGUUAUUAGAUAAUGAUAUGGAUCAACAAGGAUUCCAUGUAUUAGCAUUAUUAUAUGAUUCUCAUAAAGAUUCAACAAAACCAAAAUCAGAAUUUUUUAUGAUUAAAAAUUCUAUAUUACAAGAAAGAAUAACUACUCCAAAACUGCAAAGAACUUGGAAACAUUUAUUAACACGUUAUAAAAUUAGAGUAUUUGUUGCUUGUUCUUCAUUAAUCUUCGCUCAAUUUAAUGGUAUAAAUAUUAUUUCUUAUUAUGCUCCUUUAGUAUUUGAACAAGCAGGGUUUGAUAAUGCUAAUGCAUUAUUAAUGACAGGUAUAAAUGGUAUCAUUUAUUUAUUAUCAACUAUACCUACUUGGUUUUUAGUAGAUUCAUGGGGUAGAAGACCAAUUUUAAUAACUAGUGGUAUAGCAAUGGCCAUUUGUUUAUUUCUUGUCGCUGCUUUUAUGCAUAUAAAUAAAUCAUAUACUCCAUCGGUAGUGGCAGUAUUUGUUAUUAUUUAUAAUGCAUCAUUUGGGUUUGGAUUUGGUCCUAUACCAUUUUUAUUGCUGAGUGAAUCUUAUCCAUUAUCAGUACGGUCAAAGGGAGCAUCAUUAGCUGUUUCAUGUAAUUGGUUUAGUAAUUUUGUUGUCGGAUUAAUGACACCAAUAUUAAAACAAGAAAUUAAAUGGGCAAUGUAUUUAUUUCCUGCUAGUUCUUGUGUUUUGAGUGUUAUUGUUGUGUUGUUGUUUUAUCCAGAAACAAAAGGUGUGGAAUUAGAAGAUAUUAGUAGAAUAUUUGAUGAAUUUUAUGCUACUAGUCCAACUAAAAGAGUUAAAAUUAAAGGAUUAAGAAAACGUAAAGGUAAAAGAAAGGGUGAAAAGCAUAAAGCAAGAUAUAAUCCAUUAAGUGGUGGUGGUAGUGGUACGACUAGUACUGCUGCUGAAUUCAAUAAUGAUCAAGAUGCAUUUGAAAUGAGAGCAUUGAAUGAAUUUGAUUUUGAAAGUGAUAAUGAUGAUGAUAUAAAUAUUAGUAGUACUAGACGACAAAUGUUAUAG